GCAGUGCACACUCUAAAUCCCCAAGUUAGGCAUGAGCAGAGUUGCCAGUGCCCGCACUCGCAGUCCGCAGGGCCACAGGCCGGAGGCGGCAUGUCGCAGACUCGCAGGCGGCAUCCCAUCCCAGCCGGCAUCCCAUCCCAGCCGGCAUCCCAUCCCAGCCGGCCAUUUCUCUCCUCUCCUCUCCUCUCCUCUCCAUCCUCCCCGUCCAUCCAUCCUCUUAUCGCUCCAACGCUCGCCCAGUCCACUGUUCACAGUUUUGCUCAGGGUUGUGCACCUUUAUGCACUUUGUGCUAUGUAUGUGGGCAUGGCAAGGUUGCGAACCCGUGGAACCCGAGAAAGCUCCGGCCCGCACCACACCAAAAGCCAGUCUGCAGCAGCCCAGGACCCAGGCCCCAAUCCAGUCGAAAGUCGAUGGUUGCAAGUUCGGGGUUACCAGCUGUGGCUGGACUGUGGCACUGUGGCUCGUGAUUCCGGGCAGGCACGGUGCGGUACGGUAGCGGAUGCACGAUUCACGAUUCACGAUUCACGAAGUACUUACUUGGGUACAUACCGGUGGACUACCUACUCCGUCGCAAUGGCCGUGCUCCCAACGCAAGGCUGAAACAUGCCGAUAGGUAUCACAGGUAGAAUGGUAUCUCGGAGCAUCUCUCUAUCCAACCAACCAACAAACGCAGCCCAGCGAUCUCACGUUCAUGACACCUAGCGUUUUGUCCACACCGCUGGAAAGCAGAAGCAUUGGAUGCUGGCAUCCGUCUAGGUACCGUAUGGAGCACCCCGCCCAGAGUAAGGCUUUUGCGCCCGGCGUCGAGUUGCACUUUGUGGAACCUUCCAGCCAGCCAGCCAGUACCAGCCGGCUUCUGGUGACGGGGAAGGCGGGGGCGGAAAUUGGGGCAUAGCCACCGCAAAAUGGACACCGUUGGGCAAGUGCCGUAACACAGCGCGGGCCAGUUGCAAGUUAGUUAGGCCGUUUGAUCGUCAGCGCAGAGGGCCGGAGGCCCGGAGGACCGGAGGGC